AUGAAUGACUUGUCCGCCCUCAUGUCUUUGGGUCCCCCUUCAGGCAGAAGCAGCUGGCAUCUUGACAGUGCUGUUAUCCAUAAAAGCUCCAGCAGCAGCAGACAAAUGCACCAACCACUGAUCUCCAGGCAGGAACUCAACAGACUCGACCAGCAGUACUUGCCUUCGGACCCUCUCUCUCUCACUCACUGGCAGGAUGGCAGGCAGGCAUGAGGCACUCCCGGGGCUGAUGCAGGAUGCCCAACAGAGGGUCAAGGAGCGAGGCCACUGGGAGAGCAAAAUUGAGUUUAUUCUAACUGUGGCUGGCGCUAUUGUUGGACUUGGAAAUAUAUGGAGAUUUCCCUAUCUUUGUUACAAGAACGGUGGGGGUGAGUCAACAAAGUCUUAUUUUUGCUUGUUGGUUAAACACAGAGAGCUCCAAAAGUAUUGGGACAGUGACAAAUGUUUUGUUGUUUUGGCCCUGUACUCUAGCACUUUGAAUUUGAAAUAAUACUAUGAGGUUAAAGUGCAGCUUUCAUUUUGAGAGUGUUUUCAUUCGUAUUGGGUGAACCGUUUAGAAAUUAUAGCACUUUUUGUACAUAGUCCCACCAUUUUAGGGGACCAAAAGUAUAGGGACAAAUUCAUUUAUGUGUAUUAAAGUAGUCAAAAGUUUAAUAUUUGGUCUCGUAUUCCUGGCAUGCAAUGAUAACGUCAAGCUUGUGACUCUACAAACUUUUUGGAUGCAUUUGUUGUUUGUUUUGGUUUUGUUUCAGAUGAUUUUGUGCCCAAUAGAAAUUAAUGGUAAAUAAUGUAUUUGUAUCAUUUUGGAGUCACUUUUAUUAUAAAUAAGAAUAGAACAUGUUUCUAAACACUUCUAUAUUAAUGUGGAUGCUCCCAUGAUUACGGAAAAUACUGAAUGAAUCAUGAAUAAUGAUGAAUGAGAAACUUAAAGAUGCACAAAUAUCAUACAGCUAUUCUUACAUUGAGCCAGUUGGCUAGCUCGAGAGUUGGUUAAGGCUCGCGAGAAUACUGUUAUUAAGGUCACCAGCUCUGUCUUAAUAUUUUUAUUCCCAUGACUAAGCAACAGUUUUUUUUUUAAAUUCCUGACUCAUGGUCAAAACAUUGGUCCUAAAUUCCUUGCCGUUUUGUACCUAAACACCUUUCAGUGUCACAUCAGAGAACAUGAAAUUAACCAAAAAUAGAUCUGAUUUUAUUUUAAAUUUUUCACAUUUGCAUCGUGCAUAUAUAUUGUGUAUAUUAUUACAGUUUACAAUAUACACUGAGUGUACAAAACAGGAACACCUGCUCUUUGCAUGAAAUAGACUGACCAGGUGAAAGCUAUGAUUCCUUCAAUCAGUGUAGAUGAAGAGGAGGAGACAGGUUAAAGAAGGAUUUUAAAGUCUUGAGACAAUUAAGACAUGGAUUGUGUAUGUGUGCCAUUCAGAGGGUGAAUGAGCAAGACAAAUGAUUUAAGUGCCUUUGAACGGGGUAUGGUAGUAGGUGGCAGGCGCUGAGUGUGUCAGGAACUGCAACAACGCUGGGUUUUUCACACUCAACAGUUUCCCGUGUGUAUCAAGAAUGGUCCACCACCCAAAGGACAUCCAGCCAACUUGACACAACUGUGGGAAGCAUUGGAGUCAACAUGGGCCAGCGUCUCUGUGGAACGCUUUUGACACCUUGUAGAGUCCAUGCCCUGACGAAUUGAGGCUGUUCUGAGGGCAAAAGGGGGGUGCAACUCAAUAUUAGGGAGGUGUUCCUAAUGUUUUGUACACUCAGUGUAUACUACAGACUUGCAUGUGAUACUACAAUAGAUACUAGAAAAUAUAAUGUUGUAUAACACACUUUCCAUUCCUAAUAACAUUACAUUGAAGUUUCUAAAUGUGUUCUUUUUCAAUAAAAAGUUUGGUGGUGAGAGCAUAUGAUGAAAUUAUCCUAUUAUUUUAUCCAAGUCUCUCUGUCUUGUUUACAAAUACGUGGUUGAUUUGCUGCCUGGUCAGAUGUGAGAUCAAGCAAAAAUAGGAAAGAGAAGGAUUGGUUUGUUGUUUAGCAUAAAGCUCCUUGAAAUGACACACAGAAACAAAGCUGCAUCCAAAUACUUUAGUUGAACCCCCUGAAAACUCAUACCGUAUGACCCCAUGGUCAUUGUGCUGUUUCUCAUUGCAAUUACUUUGAGAUAAAUAAGUAUACAUUCAUUCACCUUGCAUGGUCACAAUUUAAAAGAGGAUUGUUGAAUGAUACAGAAGAUUUUUUAAUGAUUUUCCACACUGCACUUUCAGGAAUGUGUUUGUUCAGAUGUACAGUGGGGGAAAAAAGUAUUUAGUCAGCCACCAAUUGUGCAAGUUCUCCCACUUAAAAAGAUGAGAGAGGCCUGUAAUUUUCAUCAUAGGUACACGUCAACUACGACAGACAAAUUGAGAUUUUUUUUCUCCAGAAAAUCACAUUGUAGGACUUUUUAUGAAUUUAUUUGCAAAUUAUGGUGGAAAAUAAGUAUUUGGUCACCUACAAACAAGCAAGAUUUCUGGCUCUCACAGACCUGUAACUUCUUCUUUAAGAGGCUCCUCUGUCCUCCACUUGUUACCUGUAUUAAUGGCACCUGUUUGAACUUGUUAUCAAUAUAAAAGACACCUGUCCACAACCUCAAACAGUCACACUCCAAACUCCACUAUGGCCAAGACCAAAGAGCUGUCAAAGGACACCAGAAACAAAAUUGUAGACCUGCACCAGGCUGGGUAGAAUGAAUCUGCAAUAGGUAAGCAGCUUGGUUUGAAGAAAUCAACUGUGGGAGCAAUUAUUAGGAAAUGGAAGACAUACAAGACCACUGAUAAUGUCCCUCGAUCUGGGGCUCCACGCAAGAUCUCACCCCGUGGGGUCAAAAUGAUCACAAGAACGGUGAGCAAAAAUCCCAGAACCACACGGGGGGACCUAGUGAAUGACCUGCAGAGAGCUGGGACCAAAGUAACAAAGCCUACCAUCAGUAACACACUACACCGCCAGGGACUCAAAUCCUGCAGUGCCAGACGUGUCCCCCUGCUUAAGCCAGUACAUGUCCAGGCCCGUCUGAAGUUUGCUAGAGUGCAUUUGGAUGAUCCAGAAGAGGAUUGGGAGAAUGUCAUAUGGUCAGAUGAAACCAAAAUAGAACUUUAUGGUAAAAACUCAACUCGUCGUGUUUGGAGGACAAAGAAUGCUGAGUUGCAUUCAAAGAACACCAUACCUACUGUGAAGCAUGGGGGUGGAAACAUCAUGCUUUGGGGCUGUUUUUCUGCAAAGGGACCAGGACGACUGAUCCGUGUAAAGGAAAGAAUGAAUGGGGCCAUGUAUCGUGAGAUUUUGAGUGAAAACCUCCUUCCAUCAGCAAGGGCAUUGAAGAUGAAACGUGGCUGGGUCUUUCAGCAUGACAAUGAUCCCAAACACACCGCCCGGGCAACGAAGGAGUGGCUUCGUAAGAAGCAUUUCAAGGUCCUGGAGUGACCUAGCCAGUCUCCAGAUCUCAACCCCAUAGAAAAUCUUUGGAGGGAGUUGAAAGUCUGUGUUGCCCAGCGACAGCCCCAAAACAUCACUGCUCUAGAGGAGAUCUGCAUGGAGGAAUGGGCCAAAAUACCAGCAACAGUGUGUGAAAACCUUGUGAAGACUUACAGAAAACGUUUGACCUGUGUCAUUGCCAACAAAGGGUAUAUAACAAAGUAUUGAGAAACUUUUGUUAUUGACCAAAUACUUAUUUUCCACCAUAAUUUGCAAAUAAAUUCAUUAAAAAUCCUACAAUGUGAUUUUCUGGAUUUUUUUUUCCUCAUUUUGUCUGUCAUAGUUGACGUGUACCUAUGAUGAAAAUUACAGGCCUCUCUCAUCUUUUUAAGUGGGAGAACAUGCACAAUUGGUGGCUGACUAAAUACUUUUUUCCCCCACUGUAUAAUGAUGAAAGAUACAAAGACUUAUGCAUACUGUCAGUGUCACCCAGAACCAAAUCACAAGACAUUGUCAACUAAAGGUUAAAGUUUGAAAAUAGAUUAACAUUAAGCAUUGUAUAUGGAGGCCUAAUAUGUGUGACUCCUUCCUGUACUGUAGGUGCGUUCUUCAUCCCGUACAUCCUGUACCUGGUGACCUGUGGCAUCCCUCUGUUCAUCCUGGAGACGGCUCUGGGACAGUACACCAGCCAGGGGGGCAUCACCUGCUGGAGGAAAAUCUGCCCGCUGUUUGAGGGUGAGUAUUGCUGUACAGUUCUGUGCACUUAAAAGUUACGUUUUAAAAUGCCUUUGCUGCAGCCCAAGUAGGCUACAUUGUUUUCAUUGUGACAAACUCUCUCGUAGGAUGAGCCUGAGCCUUUAUUAUGUGCUUUCCGCAUUUCAUAAUGUAGAUGUCUUGCAUGGUCUUGCUACAGCAUAGUGAUGUUGAAAGAUUAUGGUACAUCAUUAUGUAAAGUUGAAACCAUAAUGAAGUAAAUAAAAUAAACCACAUUGCAAUGAAGAGUAGAAUGAUACUUAGAGUAGAGUGAGUAGGCCAUAUGAUAGCGUUUGGUUCCUUAUUCGUGCUGAGACACAAAACAAAUAAUUGCUUUGUGAUCUUCAUUCAUGAAGAUUUCUGUGCAGUUACAUAGGGCCCCAUUCAUUCUGAAAAUAUAUUUCAAACACAAACUCAUAUAUCCAACUAAUACAACAGCAUCCUUUUCUGAAGACCGUGUCUGAAUUAAAUGUUCACAUUUUUUAAAUAAUAAUAAUAUAUGCCAUUUAGCAGAUCCUUUUAUCUAAAGUGUCUAACUGCACAGAGAUAGCGUACAUCUUAGCAGCAGGAAAUGAACCCAUUAUGACCCUGGUGUUGCUACUAGAGCCAUGCUUUUACCAACUGGGUCUGAGUCACACAUUAACUGAUGUCAUGAUCGCACAGCUGAAGCAAGCACACCAACUUCUAGAAAUAAAAAAGUUAUUUAAAAAAUGCAAAUCAGACAGAGUCUUCAGAAGGGCUACUUGAAACAUAAAUUGAUUUGGAUCUUAGACAUACAGUAUUUUCAGAAUGAAUGUGGCCCUGUGGUAGCCUUAAUCUGACUAAAUCUGUCAUGGUAGCCCAAAGGCUGGCAGAUGGCGAUAUUGAGUAGUGCCAUUUUACCGUCCAAAUGCAUUAUAUGCAGCCGGCAAUAGAUUUGUAUCCCUCAUGGACCAGUUUAUGUCUAAAACAUUCUCCAUUCAGGCUGCAUAGGCUGCAAUUUCCUCCAUAACUUUCUUGAAUGGUGAGAAAACUAGAGAAAAAAUAAAAUAUGCUUACUUUCUUUAUGAAAAACCAUUUUCCACCACCAUGCUAGAGUGGCUAAAUGUUAAUCCCAGAUGUUGUGUCUUGCGUUCAGUCAAUCAGGUUGCAGCAGUCCGUUUUUUUCACCCCUAACCUAACACAGUGCUGUAUCGUAUGGAAACCAAUACCGCGUUCACAUACUUGUCGGAACUGUGAAACUUGGAAUGUCCGACUUGCUAAUUGGUUGUAGUUAUACACAUGCUGCGUUCAACCAGUUACUAGUUUCCUAGUUCGGACUACCACGUGAACACGACAUAUGACUGUUCUCAGGGUGGGUCUGCCGGCUAGGCGAACCAAACUAGUGUGCUCGCAUACUCCCUUAAAAGACCUUCGCUUGAAAAACGAGAAACACGUUUUUUUUCUUCGCUCUCCUGGGCUGAGGGUCGGAAGUGCAAUGACGCAAAAGCGUAAGAAUGGCAAUGUUAAGAUCAGAGAUUAAUUUGCUGAGUAUACACCUUCAUUCGAGGUGUACAUACCUAUGUCUCCUGAUUACAAACCAAGUAAUCUCACUUGUAGGUCUUCAUGCUCUCUUGAGAACCUUGAUGAUCUCAAAAUGGAGUCAGUCGGCAGUGGUGAGCGCUCUGAAGUUGAGCCAGUCCAGGAUGUAGUGGGCCUACCUGCUAUGACAGGUGUGGUCUUCCAACGUUUACCCUGAGAGUCCUACCAGAGAUUAUUUUGGACCGGUAGGAGUGAGAUUUUUGGAAAGAGUGGAUUCCUGCUUUUUGGCCUACCCAUACAUUGUGCCAAGCUGGGUAAAGGACAAACUGGGAAUGGUUACAUCUGUAAAAGUUUUGAGAAGUGGAAUUGUUUAGAUUUUUUGUGUGUCCGCCUCCGAGAGGAAGCGGGCGCUUCGAGUCACGCGGAUCAAAUGAAAAGGAAUAUUCCAAUGGCGAGACUGAGAAUACCCUGUCUGUCUUAUUGAGCUUCGACACAGAGUUUCUACCUGAUGAAGUCAGGUUAAGUCAUAUUUGCUAUUAUGUGAGGGCUUAUGUUCCGAACCCGCUUCGGUGCUUUAGGUGCCAAGGAUUUGGACAUGUUGCAGCAGUGUGUAGAAGGGAGAUCCCAAGAUGUGAGAAAUGUGCAGGAGGGCAUAGUCAGAGGUAGUGUACAGUUGGGUUAGAGAAAACAUUGUGUGUCAACUGUGGUUGUGCCCAUGCAGCUGGGGAUCCGAAGUGCCCUGUGAGAGAGAGACAGGUUAAGAUUGCCAGAGUUCGAGUGGGGCAAAAAGUGUUAGUUGCAGAGAAAUAUUUGGGUGUGAGAGAUUUUAGUACAGAAGAUCUACAGGAAGUUUUAAGAGAAGGGGUUCCAUCCUCCCAGGCCGAUGGCCUGGUGUAGGAUGGUUUAGGGCCAAAGUAGUGGGAUGGAGUGGUGGGUUUGGGGGGAUAGUGUACAGGUGCAGGGUUAGAUGGUGGUGCAAUUUAAGUUUUUUUCUUUUUCUUUUGGUGACAAAAUGUUUAAUCUGCAUUUUGACCUGUGAAAGUCAGCAAGCAAUUCGCAACACCAAGAAGAAGAAACAAGGCUGCAUAGGCUUUUAGUACUGUUUGCGCAUCUUGAGAUGCCAUAGCCAGUAUACACUGAAUUUAUCUAAGUUAUAUCACAGCAUUAUUGAAUACUUGUUUCUGAUUGGUUAGAAGGGCAUUCUAGAAUGGACAUUAAUUAAGUGACAAUGUCUAAGAAGCCGGUGUUUGGAGGAUAUAUUGGCACAGGUGUUGUUAGGCCCGAGACAAAGUCGAGAGCCGGCAAACCGUGCCAAUAUAUCCUCCAAACACCGGCUUCGAGGGCAUUAUCUCUUUUAUACAACGGGUCACCAACAUAUUCAAAUCAUGACUGACAUAUUUUCAUUAAUCAUUUUACGAGAUAUAGUCCCGACACAAAUCUAAGGUUGCUACCCAAGCCGGCUGGUCAUUCGUUCUAUCGGUUCGGUUGCCCAGUCGUUAAGUAUUUUUGUUCUGUAUCUAUGGAUGGGACCCAGUCAUUCAUUCUAAAAUGUUCCAUUGCCAUACUGGUUGGCAAUGUUCUUAUCCCUUGCUUGCCGUCAAACAGUGCAGCCAAAAUAACAGAAAAGUAGCUAAUGAUGCGCAAUUUUUGCCUGACACUGUUGUUCAGAGGAGCUAGCCAACAGCACAGUUUACACAAUCACUUUAAUCUGAAACUGGAAAGACAGCAAACUAGCUGCACUUCGUUUCGUUUUACCUGUUUUCUACUGAUAGUUCUUUGUAUAUAUCCAUAAAAAUUAUGCUGAUUCAUGAUUUCGACUGGCUGAGGAAACUGCCUGUCUGUCUCACCCCGACUCCCGACACGUUCAUUACUAUGGGAUAUCUGGAGAUUGAUUUUGAAUAUUGAAACAAUGUUGCAAAUAUUGGAGAGACAGACAGCAAGGUUUAUACAAAUCUCUGCUGUUGAAAACUAAAUAAUAGUCUAAAAGAAAUGUGAGAUAAUGUCCAGAUGUUGUUAAUAAUGGAGAUCAAGUUUAUAAAUUGCCUGGCUGGGCUGAUGAGACAAUGGAUUGUGCAGUCAGAUGUAACAGAGUAAAUAGGCAUUUUAGAAUGGAUUUAGCCAGUGGUAACUUGUGGAAUAGACACUGGCUGGAAUGCGGUUUUAACCAAUCAGCAUUCAGGAUUAGACCCACCCGCUGUAUAAAGCCAGAUAAUGGGACAGUUGGAAAAUAUAUCCAGACACCUUGCAAUCAUGACAUGAUAAACGCCUACACAUGCAGACCGUACUUGCUACAAAGUUACAGAAAGCUAAACCAACAACCACACAAACCGAAAUUGGAUACAUUGUAAACGUAGGUUCAACGAGGAAAAAACAUAGCUAGCUAGCAUUGAUUUGUUUUUGCAGAGAAUUUUUUUUUAUGGAUCAUCUUAGAAGCCAUCUGAUGACCUAACAUGGUGAGUGAUGAACAUGAAAUUGUAAUUAUUUUGCACUAUGGCCUAUUUAUUGCCUUACCUCCAUAACUUACUACAUUUGCACACACUGUAUAUAGAUUUUCUAUUGUGUUAUUGAGAUGUACGUUUUGUUUAUUCCAUAUGUAACUCUGUGUUGUUGUUUUUAUCGCACUGCUUUGCUUUAUCUUGGCCAGGUCGCAGUUGUAAAUGAGAACUUGUUCUCAACUGUCUUACCUGGUUAAAUAAAGGUAAAGAAAAAAAAAGAAAAAAAGAGUGAUAAUUGGAGUGGCGUUUAGUGUUGAGGAGGAUCAACUGAAGUUGAAGAUUCCAGGUGUCUGUGACGCCCGCCAUUUGGAGAGACGUAGACCUGGUGGAGAGCGUGGUGAAACAGAGAAGACACUGUCUGUACUACUGAGUUUUGAUGCAUGAGUCUUUACCAGAUAAAGUCAAGUUAGGAUGUGUCAGUUACUGGCUUACCUGGUUAAAUGAAGGUGAAAUAAAAAAAUAAAACAUUAUCUCGUCCCUACUGCAGACAUGACGCAAGUGGCGCUAUGCUGUCAAAUACUCACGUUUCUAAUUUGACCAGCUGUUUUCAGCAACUGAUAUUUUAAUUUGCUUGUCAUAUUGGCAGGUUUGCUAGCAACGAACAAACUAUUUAGCUAGCUUCUAGCCUAGUGUUUGAUAUGCAAUGCGAUUUAGUCGUAAUGUACAAUGUCGAGUGUCCUGACUAGAAGGCAAACUUUUAUAGCUAUGCUAGGCAAAACCGGCCAUUAUCAGCUCAUUGUUAUGGAUGUAUCCAAAUUAAUGUAAAUAGAAAACAGCUACUUUGCUGUUAUUCUGGCUGCUAGUUGGCUAGUUAGCAACAAGCAAGGGAUAAGAACGUUGCCGCUGUGCAAGGAUCAUAAAGAACGAACGACUGGGUCGCGUCUCUAUCAACCAAAAUAUGAGAAACUAUGAAUUAGUUUAUAGAAAUCAAUAAAAGAAAACAAUGUAUUUCUACCGGUAAAUGUGUGCUUUCAUAUUGUUUUAUUUGGCAAUUGUGGUAUAAGCGGGAUUAACGCCUCCAUUCUGUACAUUACCUUGGAAAAAUGAACUCCUCAACGGGCGCUGCGUCGUCCAUCGUUUAUCCCUUACAUAACGCAAUAAAUCUGUCAUUAAUUUUUACGUUUCUACCGAGGAGAUCUUAGUCACGCAAUUUGACAACUAAGAUGUUUGGUGCAAUAUUUUUCAAGUAAAAUAAAAAAUUCAUGAAAACGAGUCAACUCAUCGUUGAACAACAACAAACACUUUAUUGAAUAAUCCCUUCUGUUGACCAAUCACCGACAAAGAGGCUUAUUUGUAUUUGUAUUUAUUAUGGAUCCCCAUUAGCUGCUGCCAAGGUCCAGCAAAAUUAAGGCAGUUCAUACAAUUUUUAAAACAUUACAAUACAUUCACAGAUUUCACAACACACUGUGUGCCCUGAGGCCCCUACUCCACCACUACCACAUAUCUACAGUACAAAAAUCCAUGUGUACGUGUGUGUAUAGUGCGUAUGUUAUUGUGUGUGUGUAUGCAUGUGUCUGCGCCUAUGUUUGUGUUAUAUUACAGUCCCCGCUGUUCCAUAAGGUGUUUUUUUUUAUCUGUUUUUUUUAAAUCUAAUUUACUACUUGCAUCAGUUACUUGAUGUGGAAUAGAGUUCCAUGUAGUCAUGGCUCUAUGUAGUACUGUGUGCCUCCCAUAGUCUGUUCUGGACUUAGGGACUGUGAAGAGACCUCUGGUGGCAUGUCUUGUGGGGUAUGCAUGUGUGACCGAGCUGUGCACCAGUAGCUCAAACAGACAGCUCGGUGCACCCAACAUGUCAACACCUCUCAUAAACACAAGUAGUGAUGAAGUCAAUCUCUCCUCCACUUUGAGCCAGGAGAGAUCGGCAUGCAUAUUAUUAAUAUUAGCUCUCUGUGUACAUCCAAGGGCCAGCCGUGCUGCCCUGUUCUGAGCCAAUUGCAAUUUUCCUAAGUCCUUUUUUGUGGCACCUGACCACACGACUGAGCAGUAGUCCAGGUGUGACAAAACUAGGGCCUGUAAGACCUGCCUUGUUGAUAGUGCUGUUAAGAAGGUAGAGCAGCGCUUUAUUAUGGACAUACUUCUCCCCAUCUUAGCUACUGUUGUAUCAAUAUGUUUUGACCAUGACAGUUUACAAUCCAGGGUUACUCCAAGCAGUUUAGUCUUGCUCAAUUUCCACAUUAUUUAUUACAAGAUUUAGUUGAGGUUUAGGGUAUAGUGAAUGAUUUGUCCCAAAUACAAUGCUUUUAGUUUUAUAAAUAUUUAGGACAAACGUAUUCCUUGCCACCCACUCUGAAACUAACUGCAACUCUUUGUUAAGUGUUGCAGUCAUUUCAGUCGCUGUAGUAGCUGACAUGUAUAGUGUUGAGUCAUCCGCAUACAUAGACACUCUGGCUUUACUCAAAGCCAGUGGCAUGUCAUUAGUAAAGUUUGAAAAAAGUAAUGGGCCUAGACAACUGCUAGUUGACUUCGGCUCCCAAAUUUCGGCUUGGUUUCCACAAUGUCAAAAUUGGCUAUAUCAUAAAAAAAGCUUUUUAGUCUUAAUUUAAGGUAAGGCAUAAGGUUAGCACUGUGGUUAGGUUAAAAUCACAUUACUUUGUGUCUGUGGUAACCAGUGACGACGCUUUUGCUUGCCUUGAGAGAAAAAAAAGGUGUGCACGAACUGCUGAAAAUGCCCUGGCUGAAGGCCGCGUUCAAGUGCAAGUCGGAACUCUGAAAUAUCCGACUUGCUAACUGAUUGAUCGCGGCACGUGUAUAACUACAACCAGUUAGCAAGUCCGAAAUAAAGUUAUGGAAGAAAUCGAAGCCUAUGCCGCCUGAUGGUUUAGGUACGAACAGGUCCACGAGGGAUACAAACGUUUUGCCGGCUGCACACAAUGCAUUUGGACAGUAAGAUGACAAGACUCAAUAUCUGCCGGCCUUUGGCCUACUGUCAUGGGGAAUCGACUGCAGUGAAGGUAAAUGGGAAAAUCGUGUUAGGUUGUUGCUUUUUAUGACCAUGUUGCUAUGUUUCGCUUGUCUUCAUCAGGAAUGGGCUAUGCCGCCCAGGUGAUCACUAUAUAUGGAUGUAUGACCUACAUAGUGAUUCUGGUGUGGGCUUUCCUCUACCUGUUCUCAUCCUUCACUGCUGACCUGCCAUGGGCUAACUGCAACAAUGCCUGGAACACAGGUAUUUACAAUAUUGGUGAAACUUUGUGCAUAGGUGGACUGCUAUGUUUCAUAGGUUUCAAUUGAAACGGGCCCCAGCUGCCUGAGGUGUCCCCACUGACUGAAUUUUAACACCACUUUAUAUCAAAUCUAAUCUAAUUGUAUUUGUCACAUGUGCCAAAUACAACAGGUGUAGACCUUACAGUGAAAUGCUUACUUAAAAGCCCUUAACCAACUGCAGUUUUAAGAAAUAGCCGGGUAGCCAUUUGAAUACCUGUUCAGGAGUCUAAUGGCUUGGGGGUAGAAUCUGUUAUGAAGCCUUUUGGACCUAGACUUGGCGCUCCAGUACCGCUUGCCGUGCGGUAGCAGAGAGAACAGUCUAUGACUAGGGUGGCUGGAGUCUUUUUUAGGCCUUCCUCUGACACCGCCUGGUAUAGAGGUCCUGGAUGGCAGGAAGCUUGGCCACAGUGAUGUACUGGGCCGUACGCACUAUCCUCUGUAGAGCCUUGCGGUCGGUGGCCGAGCAGAAUAGGCUUUGUCGUGCCCUCUUCAUGACUGUCUUGGUGUGCUUGGGCCAUGUUAGUUUGUUGGUGAUGUGGACACCAAGGAACUUGAAGCUCUCAACCUGCUCCACUACAGCCCCGUCGAUGAGAUGAGAAAUUUGGCCUAUAUAUUUAAUAAUUUCUUGAAAUUAAAAACACAUAUGUAACAGGCCCCCAAAUUGCCAAAUCCCCUGACUUGAUGGCAGUUUUAUCAAACAGUGUAUUCGAGGCUGCUAGGUUGUGAUAAUCUUUGUAGGAGCAACUACCUCUGUAGCCUUGUUAUGAAGCACCGAGUGCUGCUAACAAGUAACAUCCAUCACUGAAGUUCAACGACUCUUAUCCACACAAAAAUGUCUAACCGCUUGCAGGCAUGGUAGUUCAGUGAGGGGAGAUCAUGAGCAAUCAGUGUGUUCAUGUGAACAUCUUCUGACAGUUUGCACAAAUACUGAAGAAGAGAAGACAGUGAGAAUAAUGGGGGAGAGGAGUUGUCUGCUACCCCCCCCCCCCCCCCCCCCCCCCCCCCCCCCCACACCCCUUAAUUACAUUAAGAGGAUCUGGCUAUUAGGUUGCACAUACACUUGAAGCAGUCAACUUUUUAACCUGUUACAACUAGACUUUCAUGUAUUUCAGAUUUUUGUGUGACAUUUGGCACCAAGAAUGCCAGCACCAAUUGGACUGUUCCUCUCCUGAAUGUGUCAUCUUCCGUUGUGGAGUUUUGGCAGUAAGUCUAUAAUAAAUGCUGUGUUUUUUCCACACUGCAUCAUUCGUGAUUACAUUCUUGACUCCUCAAAUUAGAAAUUAAUCAGAUACUAUUGUCUUCUUUCUUAAAAGGAACUGUAUUGUGAUGGUGAAAUUAUUCUUAUACGCAUACAAUAGACGACAAUACAUUUACAGUGGGGGAAAAAGUAUUUAGUCAGCCACCAAUUGUGCAAGUUCCCCCACUUCAAAAAGAUGAGAGAGGCCUGUAAUUUUCAUCAUAGGUACACGUCAACUAUGACAGACAAAAUGAGAAAAAAAUAUCCUGAAAAUCACAUUGUAGGAUUUUUAAUGAAUGUAUUUGCAAAUUAUGGUGGAAAAUAAGUAUUUGGUCAAUAACAAAAGUUUCUCAAUACUUUGUUAUAUACCCUUUGUUGGCAAUGACACAGGUCAAACGUUUUCUGUAAGUCUUCACAAGGUUUUCACACACUGUUGCUGGUAUUUUGGCCCAUUCCUCCAUGCAGAUCUCCUCUAGAGCAGUGAUGUUUUGGGGCUGUCGCUGGGCAACACGGACUUUCAACACCCUCCAAAGAUUUUCUAUGGGGUUGAGGUCUGGAGACUGGCUAGGCCACUCCAGGACCUUGAAAUGCUUCUUACGAAGCCACUCCUUCGUUGCCCGGGCGGUGUGUUUGGGAUCAUUGUCAUGCUGAAAGACCCAGCCACGUUUCAUCUUCAAUGCCCUUGCUGAUGGAAGGAGGUUUUCACUCAAAAUCUCACGAUACAUGGCCCCAUUCAUUCUUUCCUUUACACGGAUCAGUCGUCCUGGUCCCUUUGCAGAAAAACAGCCCCAAAGCAUGAUGUUUCCACCCCCAUGCUUCACAGUAGGUAUGGUGUUCUUUGGAUGCAACUCAGCAUUCUUUGUCCUUCAAACAUGACGAGUUGAGUUUUUACCAAAAAGUUAUAUUUUGGUUUCAUCUGACCAUAUGACAUUCUCCCAAUCCUCUUCUGGAUCAUCCAAGUGCACUCUAGCAAACUUCAGACGGGCCUGGACAUGUACUGGCUUAAGCAGGGGGACACGUCUGGCACUGCAGGAUUUGAGUCCCUGGCGGCGUAGUGUGUUACUGAUGGUAGGCUUUGUUACUUUGGUCCCAGCUCUCUGCAGGUCAUUCACUAGGUCCCCCCGUGUGGUUCUGGGAUUUUUGCUCACCGUUCUUGUGAUCAUUUUGACCCCACGGGGUGAGAUCUUGCGUGGAGCCCCAGAUCGAGGGAGAUUAUCAGUGGUCUUGUAUGUCUUCCAUUUCCUAAUAAUUGCUCCCACAGUUGAUUUCUUCAAACCAAGCUGCUUACCUAUUGCAGAUUCAGUCUUCCCAGCCUGGUGCAGGUCUACAAUUUUGUUUCUGGUGUCCUUUGACAGCUCUUUGGUCUUGGCCAUAGUGGAGUUUGGAGUGUGACUGUUUGAGGUUGUGGACAGGUGUCUUUUAUACUGAUAACAAGUUCAAACAGGUGCCAUUAAUACAGGUAACGAGUGGAGGACAGAGGAGCCUCUUAAAGAAGAAGUUACAGGUCUGUGAGAGACAGAAAUCUUGCUUGUUUGUAGGUGACCAAAUACUUAUUUUCCACCAUAAUUUGCAAAUAAAUUCAUAAAAAAUCCUACAAUGUGAUUUUCUGGAGAAAAAAAAUCUCAAUUUGUCUGUCAUAGUUGACGUGUACCUAUGAUGAAAAUUACAGGCCUCUCUCAUCUUUUUAAGUGGGAGAACUUGCACAAUUGGUGGCUGACUAAAUACUUUUUUCCCCCACUGUACAUACAAUAUAUUUUCUUUUGGUGAUCAAAUGUAUGGCUGUGUCAACUAUUUCUCCUUACAGGCGGCGAGUGCUGAGAAUAUCAGAUGGGAUUGAGUCGUUGGGAGGCAUUAGAUGGGAGCUGGCUCUGUGUCUUCUGCUGUCCUGGGCCAUCUGCUACUUCUGUAUCUGGAAAGGAGUGAGGUCUACAGGGAAGGUGAUUUUGAUUUUAUAUAUUAGUCAAACAGUAGUUCCAAUCUCAAUCAAUCUUGAAUUCGGAGGUAACAAAAGAAACAGAGGGACAGCUAUUUGAUGUAGCUUUAAAGUUACUUGGUGUGAUGAUGGGUCCAUAGUUGGUAUGGUGAUACCGGUAUGCGUGGCUUUAUUGUGUUUUCUUUAUUCUACUAACCCUGUAGUACUAAUUCAUAGGCAGCCUACUUCACGGCCACCUUCCCCUAUGUAAUGCUAGCGGUGCUAUUUGUCAGAGGAGUGACCCUUCCAGGAGCUAAAGAUGGGAUAUUCUACUACUUGUAUCCCAAUGCUACACGGCUAGCUGAUCCACAGGUAUUAUCUGUAGUAUGGGCAAGUUUCCCAGACAAAGAUUAAGACUAGUCCUGGACAAAAAAAUUACUUUAAAAUUGAGAAUUUCCAUUGAACAUCCUUAGUCCAGAAGUAUGCUUAAUCGGUGUCCAGGAAACCGGCCCGCUAAGUCCUUGUUUAGACUCGCAUCUUACUGAUAUACAUUUCCGUUAUGAUACUUAAACAUGUUCAGUUUAUGACUUCAGUUUAACUCUUCUUUGUCUGUUUGUUCAUCAAUAAGGUUUGGAUGGAUGCAGGAACCCAGAUAUUCUAUUCUUACGCCAUAUGCCUGGGCUACCUGACCUCUCUUGGAAGCUACAACAAAUACAACAACAACUGCUACAAGUGAGGCUUCAACUAGUGUGUGGGUUUGAUAAAAAAUUGGCGGUAAUAAUUUGGCACAUUGAAGAUGGUUUGCUUAUUUAGCAGUACCAUGAGGAUCCAUGGUUACAAGAUCUCUUCAGUCAGUCUGGAGACAGGAAAAAGCACAUCUCGUUAGGCAAGGUGCAGGCUGGAGAAGUAGAACACAUGGAAAAUAAAAUCCACACACUCUCAUGGUUCUGACACAUUCCCUUUUAUCACUUAAUAACAUUUCAACAGCAAGCUGCCUUCAUCUGGCAAACACUGUAGGUUUAAGAUCAUAUAAUAACAGUUUGCUCAUUCACCUACGCCAGGAGGAUUCAUGGUACAUGUCAUGACACAUUACCUCAAUCGCCCUGAACGUUAACCUGUAUUUAAACCUUAUUAGACCCUUUCCAACAGUGUAUGUGAAAGAGGAUGGUGUCUCUAUACGUUAAACUUGUUUUGUGCCUUGCAGAGACUCCUUCUACCUGUGCUUGUUGAACAGUGGGACCAGCUUCGUGUCAGGUUUCGCCGUUUUCUCCAUACUGGGUUAUAUGGCUGGAGAACAGGGUGUGGACAUCUCUCUGGUUGCUGAGUCAGGUGAGUCUUUAAAAUACAUCAAUCUACAAUGGUAUGACGCCCUAUUAUCCUCCUGAUCACCCCAAGUACUGCCUGACAACAUAACGGCUCAGCAUUGUGGAUCGCUGAGAGAGUGGAAAGCUGAGUUAGAAAAAUUAUAUUCCAGACAGUAUCUGAUUUUCUAUCUUGUCCUCAGCCUGCACUUUAAUCAUCAGCGAGAGCUGGCACAUCUGCUUUAGUUGGGUGAAGUAGGCACAGAUCUCACUUUCGUCUGAACUUCAUUUUGUCUGCAUCUAUACCUUGUCUUGUAGAAGCACUGUCUCAGCUCAUGGAAUCCACUUUUUUGACAUGCAUAACUGAAUGUCUCGUUAAAUUAAUUAAAUCAGAUUGCAUUUGGGUACAUAUAUUCUGUAACUUUUUCAUUGUUGUGCUGCUGCAGGUCCUGGCCUGGUCUUCAUAGUGUACCCUCAGGCAGUGUCCAUGCUCCCCUUACCUCAGUUCUGGGCUGUCUGCUUCUUCACCAUGAUCAUCCUGUUGGGAGUGGAUAGCCAGGUUAGAGCUCAACACACACCUGGGUGUCCUGUCCCUCCCUUUACCUUCCCCUCCCAUGUACAUUACCCUCUCUCUCAUGUUCCCCAGUUUGUCGCCCUUGAGAGCCUUAUGACCUCGGUAUCGGACUUCUACCCCAACCUCAUCAGAAAGGGCUACCGGAGGGAGCUUCUGCUGCUACUCAUCUGCUGCUGCUGCUACCUGGUCGGACUCAUCAUGAUCACAGAGGUGAGAGGUCACAGACACAGGUCUUUGCUGCACAUCAGUUCUCAAACUGUUGUUGCUGUAUGACUACAGGUAGAGAUGGUUCUCUGACCCGAGUUAAGCACGCACGCGUACAUGGAACAUAAUUCCCUGUAUGCACUUUUCUCUCUAUGUGUAGUCGUGCUAUUCACCUGCUAUUCGUUCGGGGUGAUCAAAGAAAUUAAGGUGUGGCGGAGGUGUGUCUACAUAUACGCUGUAUUCUGACCUUGGCUUAAUGUCCUCAUAAUUUCGCCACCUUUACGCGCGAAUAAGGUUGAAUAGAAAUAACAGCAUUCUCCAUGCACUAAUUUGUAAAUUGAUAAGAGCUAGUUAAAUGAGUAAUCCGUUUUGAAAAGGGGAUUUUAAAACACAAUUGUUUUAGAUAAUUUUUCUUAAUGAUCUCUGGAUGAAGCAAACUGAAAAUCAUCAACAUGACAUGUAUUGCGGCCCCUUUUCCACAGUGAAGUAGGCUAUAAAUAGCUGUGCCGUAUUCAGAAUUGUAAUUGUGUAUGCACUCAUAAUUUGUAUCAGGUUAAAUAUUAGCCACUAUCGGGAGCCACCGUCAGUAAUAGCCACAUACUUUACAUUUACAAAUGUGACUUUAGCGUUAGUUCCUUCAAUUUCUAGCCUACAUUUUACAUAAUUCCGUUUUACCUUUCUUUCCACGGUCACAUCUGUGUAGUUGUUCCUGAGGGUCGCUAGCAUUAUUGAAUCAUAUUAGGCUAAUGUUGUGCUAUCAUUUGGGACAUGUAGCCUAUUUGAAUCAUUAUGGAACUAGGACUACACGUAGCAGGUUAAAACUGGAACCUGGCGCACGGUUCACAACGAAUGGACCAUUGUCACACAGUUCCAUGAUUUAGUGAGAAUUAGGGUAGAUUUAUAGGACUCUUGUUCAACCCCUAUUGUACACUUAUAUAUUUUUUAUUAUUUUCACCUUACAAUAUUUUAAUGGAUUGAACUUCAAUAUGACAACUUUCAGAAGGAAUCAAACCAAUAUUUUUGAUUAAUAUAUUUUGUGCAUCAAGUUUUUUUAAUGAUUCAUACAUACUUUCCUAACCCAGACAUUUGCCUAAAUAAUCUACAAGAUCAGAGUAUUUUUAAAUCGACCAGGUGGUGCUGAAACGGAGACUAAUAUGCAUAUAUUUACAUGGAUUUCUUUAAUUGAUCCCUAUAUUCUGAACCCGUUUCUUAAUGUAUUCUAGUUAGUCUGUCAAAUUCUAAUUAAAUGUAAGGUUAAGAUAAAUGUACUGAAAACCCUAUUAAAUGAAAACUCCAUGAGAAAAUCUGUUGGCCAGCAAGGGGAGGGUUUUCAGCGGUUGAAUUAAAUGUAUUCAGCGCCUGCAAGGGAACCACGCCAGCGAAGCCCAUUACGCACCUGCACAAGGCAAGUCUGAAUACCAACUACUGAGAAGUGCGUUGGAAAGGCGUAAAAUUUGUCUGAAUCGGGCCCUAAUCGUUUAAUAAUUUUUUUAAGUAUCUACUUAUGGUGACUAAAUGUAUUUGGUUGACACUCGUCUCAACUCCGUAGAGAUGUGUAAUAUAUGGAUGGAGUGUAGUUUACUCAGCUACUUUGAUCCAAGUCCUUUAUGGUUGGUUAAUACAAUAACUAAAUCUGUAAACAUUGUUUUGACUGUAUAUUGAAGUUUUAUUUCCUUGCAGGGUGGCCUCUACAUCAUCCAGCUGUUUGAUCAUUAUGUGUGCAGUGGUGCCACUCUGCUGCUCCUCUCCAUUUGUCAGUCACUCAGUAUUGGAUGGAUAUAUGGUAAGGAUAGACAUUACACUAUGUAAUCAUGGGCAAACACAUACAUAUGAAAAGCUAGCUUCCUCACCAGAUGUUAUUUCUCACUGUAAAGACACAAAGUAAUUGAAAGUCCUUAAAGGGACUGUUCAUGAGUAUUUUGUCACAUGCCUGUCUCUGUCCAAGGUGCGGAACGCUUCUGUGACAACAUUGAGGAUAUGAUUGGCUACAGGCCCUCCUCCCUGCUGAAGUACUGUUGGCUCUACAUUACUCCGACUAUUGGCACUGUGAGUUUAAGCCCAGUGCAUUUGUAUCAUUCUUUCACUUUCAUUUAUGAAUAUGAGCUAACGCUAGUCCCGUGUAGCUCAGUUGGUAGAGCAUGGCGUUUGCAACGCCAGGGUUGUGGGUUUGUUUCCCACGGAGGACCAGUAUGAAAAAGAAAAUGUAUGCACUCACUAACUGUAAGUCGCUCUGGAUAAGAGCGUCUGCUAAAUGACUAAAAUGUAAAUAGCUGCAGUUAUGUUUACAAAACCUUAUGCUGUCCAUUUAAGUACAGUGUCAAGAAAUAAUGAAACAACAUAUUUCUGUAAAAUAUUGUAUCUUCAAGGUAACCUUUGUAUUCUCGCUGCUGAAGUACAGCCCUCUGAAAUUCAACAACACCUAUGUGUACCCGUGGUGGGCCUACGGGCUAGGCUGGAUCCUGGCUAUGUCCUCCCUCUCUCUCAUCCCCAUCACCAUGGUCUACAAACUGUACCAGGCCAAAGGGACUUUCUGGCAGGUCAGUGGCAUUAUAUGAUGGGAAGUUUUCCCUGGGACAUUUAAGUGUGAAUGAUUGCAUCAAGUAAGUUAAAUUGAGGUACAGAAAGUUUAAAUUAAAAAGGCUAAAUAAAAUAAAAUAAAUCAGAAAGGCCUGGACCUUUCAUUUGGGCCUUUUAGCUCUAGCAUAGAGUUUCUGUGCUAUUCUGAGAUUUUUGAAGAAUACCUUUGCAGCAAAUGUAUUAUACUUAUAUUGAGACCUCUUUUCUUCCCCAGCGCCUCCAGACAAUAUGUCGGCCAGCAGAUGACCUUCCUAUGAUGAAGAAGGAGAUGGCAGGUCUCUAUGCUCUGGACCGUGUUACAGAAGAUGAGAAAACAUACAGCAAUAAUCAAUAGACUGACUGUUUCACUAUUACUUUUCGGGCCUGUUUCCCGGACACAGAUU